AUGACCCAGGGCAAGGUAAUGGAAGGCGUCUUUGCUAUCAACAAGCCCAAGGGCCUCUCCUCAGCCCAAGUCCUCCGCGACCUACAAAAGCACUUCAACCCAUCCACGCUCUUCGCACCCUGGAUCUCUGUCGAGAAAACCAAUCGCGACCGCGAGAAGCACAACCAGCGCCGGCGCCGCCGAGAAAAGGAUAUACAAGUGAAGAUCGGGCAUGGAGGCACGCUCGAUCCGUUAGCGACCGGUGUGCUGAUUGCAGGAGUUGGCAAGGGCACAAAGUCGCUACAGGAUUUCCUAUCAUGCACGAAGCAGUACGAAACCAUUGUGUUAUUCGGCGCGAGUACAGACACGUAUGACCGGGUUGGCAAAGUGCUCAGGACAGCGCCAUACGAGCAUGUCACGCGAGAAGUAGUCGAGGCCGCGCUGGGGCAGUUUAGGGGCAAGUUCAUGCAGCUGCCGCCGCUGUUCUCGGCGCUCAAGAUGAACGGGAAGCCGCUGUAUGAGUAUGCGAGGGAGGGCAAGCCGAUACCGAGGGAGAUUGAGAGGAGGCCGGUUGAGGUGCUGGAGUUGGAGUUGGUGGAAUGGAUGGAGCCGGGUACACAUACGCAUCAAGCGCCUUCGGAGACUGGAAGCGACACUGAGAUCAAAUUCGCGAAUACGAUUUGGUCGCAGGAGAAGGUCUUACCAGGAGGUAGCUCUCCAAAAGGAGUAAAGAAAGAGGAUGCAGAAGUGAAAGAGGAAAUCACAGGGACAGAAGACGUCCCAACCCGCAAACGCAAACUAAGCACCGAACAAGACGAGUUAAUCCUCGAACGCCCGUCCUCCAAACACCAAAAAUCGUCAGAAGAAGAAGCAAACAGUGCCACCAUGUCCGGUGGUCUCGCAGCUCCCACAACCACAGACGCCGCACUAUCCUCCACCCUGCCAGAAGAAGCACCAGAAAAAUCAGUACCAGGUCCACCAGCAGCGCGCAUCCGCAUGAAAGUGACCUCCGGCUUCUACGUCCGCUCCCUCGCGCACGACCUAGGCGCCGCCGUCGGCUCCGCAGCCCUCAUGGCAGAGCUAGAGCGCAGCAGACAAGGUGAAUUUGAGGUCGGCAAGAACGUACUCGAGUACACUGAUCUAGACAAGGGAGAAGAAGUCUGGGGCCCGAAAGUGGAAGCUAUGCUCGAUGCGUGGAACCACAAGCGGGGAGACGUGGAGGAAGGGAGAUCGAGUGCGCCGAAGAAGGUGGAGACAGAGGCGAAGGUCGAGGCGGACUCUGUUAUGGGCGAAGCGGUCCCAGAGGCAGUAAAUGCGACUUCGUGA